UAUAUAUCCGCUGCUUGAACACAACGGUAAAGAGUGAGGCGGAAAUAGUACUAUAUACAAUUUUAGUUUAAUUUGUAAAUCUGUCAGUCCAAUAACUUAACUUCGCUUCAAAAAUGCCGGGACUGAAUUUUGAUUACACGAAAUUUUUGAGAGAACAGCAUGAGAAAUAUAUAAAGAAAUAUGGUGACGAACCUAUCAAGUCGACGCCAAAUCCAGACCCGAUAAAUGGGUAUGGUGGACAUGUGCCUUACUACAGAAACAGUCUCCACGAACUUCAAGUAGUCAGGUCUCUAGUGCGAUGUGUAAGUAGCCCAAUGAAGCCCACAACAGCUACAGGGUACAAAUCAAAAUCUAGCCGGUUUUACCGCCCUGAAGAUGAAGAUACACUAAGCCAACAGGGUUCGAAUAAAUCAGAACAUCCUAAAACACCUAAAUCUCCUACGUCCUCGAAUCGAGUAAGGUCAGCUCCAGCAGCGAUAUCUAGAGAAGGUCGACCACACGAUAACAGGCAACCUAGUCCACAUCCAUCACAUAUAUCAAUGCUAGCAUCGGGAAGUUCAGAUAUGCUAAAAAAAGAAUCAUUACGCCCAAGAACGGCAUACUCUGCAACGAGGUCUAAAGCGAUACAAGAAGUAAAGCUGGAUCGAGAAACUCCAAAAUCGUCUUCAAGACUUUCCGAUAUAUCCGUUCCUCCAAUUAAGCAACCUGUCAUAAUUGCAUCAAAGCAUCCUGAGGGUUAUCCUCAAACAUUAUACGGUGCAAGUUACUGGUAUGCCUGGCCCAAUGAUAGACCACAAACCAAAGAGUCGUCUCGGGAACGCCCGAAUUCUUUUGCACAAGAUCGUCGGCUAACUCGCAAAGAUGGCGUCAUAUAUCACAGGCACGAAGGAAUGGUACCGAAAUACCUAGGCUACGUUCCAAGCUACAAGUUUCGACAUGGCUCAACAUUUGGUGUAUUGACUGUCAAUGCUACCCACUACAGUGUUGCUAAUAAAUUAGCAGCGAAAGCCAAAUAACUUCUAAUUCGCGUGCCGAUAAGCUCAUUUUUUGAACAUAUUGUUCAUCCCAUAAAUAAACUUCUCUUGGAUUCUUCGUCAAACCAUUUGGUAUUAUAAAAGGGGUGUAAACUUACUAACCGAUAUCAUUGACUAAUUGAUCAUGUCUGUCACGAUAAGCCACAUAUUUUUCGAGAUUGUAAUUCGUUUCCAUUUCGGGAGUUAUAUUCUGCCCAGGCGGAGCGAUU